CCCGAUAUGCUUUCGCCCCAAUUGCGAAUUCUCCCUUCUCCGGUUUCUGCACGUCGAUUGGAUCCACGUGCAUAUUCACAUGCCUGCAAUCGUAUCCCAUCUUCUUCACCUAAUGUGCGCGAGACAUUAGGUGCCAGGAUAAUUUUGAAGUCACGCGGACGUAACCAUGUUUGCCUGUGGCUAGAGACAUGCAGAAUGCGAUCCUUCGCCUUGUUGUGGGCUCGUAAUCAGGCAUUCCAACGGUCAAUCGAGUGGCACGGCAUGUAUGCUCUUCUCGCCUGUACGGGGGAUAUAUACAUAGACCAUCCUAUACCAUGUCCGGAGGCCUUAAGCCUUCGCUUCUGCAAGAUUGAAGCUCGAGCAGUGGAUAGUUGGGAGCGGGGAAGGAAUGCCGAUGAUUGGACCUGGGAGGUUCUGUGCUCCUGGCGUGUGCCGGAUAGCUCUUGCAUACUUCGGAUUGUACUCUUGGAAGCGAGUGCAUGGUCACUGGCCUUCCUACGACGAUGCUUCCACGCAGUGAUCGCCGUUGCCAAUGUCGUAUAUUUGGAAGAUUAUGCUCGGAUGACCCAAGUAGCUGCCGCCAACGUCGGAAAUUGCACCCGUUCAUGUCUUCGAAUUCGACGGCAGAUACUUGCUAUAGUUUUGGGCCCUGACAGUCUUGUACAAGUUGCCAAACGGACUUCGUAA